GGCCUGCAGGCGCUAUUAUGCGGUAAGCAUAAGCCUUAUAAGAUGUAAGCAUUGAACCGAUGCUGACAAGUGCCAAAGUUUAAGCUAGUAAUCCAAGUCUUCGCUAUAUUGUGCAAGACAGACCAGAUACAUGGAAAGAACUCAUACCUUGAUGAAUACAGAGUCUGAAGUCUGUCUUCGCCUACUCUCUUGCACCAUUCUUUCCCUUUGACUUAUAGCAACAACUCCAUGUCAUAUUAAACGCUCUAAAGGCAAAGUCGGACCAAGCUCUAGUAUCAUGGCCAUUACAACUUCAUUUACUGGCAGUCUACUAAGUUCGUUGGAGACUCGGGACCUGAUACGAUAUACCUUAUUCGGCCUGGCAUAUCUCGUCAUAGUGGACAUUAUUUGGCGGAUCAUCUACUAUCGUUACUUUCAUCCUUUAGGACGCUAUCCAGGGCCAUGGCUCGCCAGCAUCACCCGGCUUUGGCUGGCGUGGCACCAUUUUUGGGGCACCGAGCUGCACACGCAAUGGAUGCUUAUCAAGAAACAUGGCCCAGUAAUCCGCGUCACACCUACCAUGUUACUCAUCGCGGAUAGCAAGGCCAUGCCCGCCGUCUUCCACCGUCGGGACACCAAAUCCCGGUUUUACUUGCAGGGCUACGUUGGCAAAAGUAACAGUAUUCUGCUUCGAGAGCCAGGUGCGCACGCUGCACAUAGGCGCCUGAUCGGGGCUCCAUAUGCGCUCGCGAAUAUUCAAAGAAUGGAGCCCCUUCUCGACAAGCACAUCUUACACUGGAUUAGUAGCAUAGAUGAAAGAUUUGUGGAGCAGAAAAAGCCGGUGGAUUUUUCGCAGUGGUCUCAUUAUCUGGCAUAUGACACCAUCACAGACUUGGGGUUCAGGAAUCCUCUUGGCUUCAUCAAGUCUGGCUCCGACGUUGGCGGUCUCAUCGAGGGGUUCCGUGUAGGCAUGCUCAUCUUUGGUGUAGCAGGUCGCAUAUAUCCCUUUACCGAAAUGCUGCUCAACUCUUGGCUGAAGAAGUGGCUGGUCGUCCGCACGGAACAGAAACUAGGCUUCGCUGUUGUCAUGGAGAAGGCUGGAGCUAUUCUCGCUGAGCGUAGCAGGCGCAUCAAGGAGCACGGCCAAAGGGCUCGGAAAGGAGAGAAGGCCUAUGAUCUUUUACAAUCCUUUAUGGACGCUCGUACACCCGAUGGCGACCAUCUCUCCGAGGACACAAUCAUCUCGGAGAUCUUUGUGAUUCUCGGGGCCGGCUCGGAUGGUUUUGGCAGCGCGUCAACAGCCUUCAUGGUCUCGGUACUUUCGCGACCAGCUAUUUUCAAGCGCCUCAUGAACGAAAUCGAGGAUGCCAUUGCUGCCGGCAAGCUGAGCUAUCCAGUCCCGACGUAUACCGAGGUAUCGCAGCACCUUCCGUUCUAUGCCGCUUGCAUAAAGGAAGCACUUCGACUGAACCCGAGCGGCGCCACUCUUCUCCCUCGCGUGGUUUGCCCAGGUGACCCGGAUCUAAUCGUCAAUGGUCGCCAAGUCCCAAUUGGCACCGAAGUGGCCAUGAAUCCAUGGAUUGCUCAUCGGGACAAGAAUCUGUACGGAGACGACGCUGAGGAAUUUUACCCAGACCGAUGGCUCGGUGACCCAGUGGCUGCCAAGGUAUAUGAGAAAUACAAUCUCGCUUGGGGAUAUGGCACGCGUGUCUGCCUGGGUAAGCCUUUUGCCAUGAUGGAGCUCUACAAGGGACCGCUUUCGUUGCUACUUAACUUUGAUGUUACUCUCGCCGAAGUAGGGCCAGACACGCCACCGCCGCAUUCAGAAAUGUAUGCGACGGUGAAGGUUUGGGGAGAUGUAUGGCUGCAACUGCAGCGAAGUAACCGCUGGUCAGACAUGGGCAACAAGAUGGCACAGAACAAGCUUGCGGAUAGGAACAGAAACGAGGACGUUGCUGGUGGUAUUCCUCUUCCCGAGGAUUUGCAGUGAUUUGGAGUCAACAAUGUCAACAUUUGGAGGUCCCUUAGUCAGCAUACCGUACUUGAUC